GACGCGGUGAAUUGUGGGCAGAGGGGCGGGGGUUGGGAAGAUGGCGGCUCCCAGCCUCCUCAACUGGAGGCGGGUUUCCUCCUUCACCGGGCCCGUCCCCCGCGCCCGGCACGGACACCGGGCCGUGGCCAUCAGGGAGCUGAUGAUCAUCUUUGGUGGGGGCAACGAGGGCAUCGCGGACGAGCUGCACGUCUACAACACGGUUACAAAUCAGUGGUUCCUACCAGCUGUUAGAGGAGACAUCCCUCCAGGCUGUGCUGCCCAUGGAUUUGUCUGUGAUGGUACCAGAAUAUUAGUAUUUGGGGGAAUGGUUGAAUAUGGAAGAUACAGCAAUGAGUUAUAUGAGUUACAAGCAAGUCGUUGGUUAUGGAAAAAAGUCAAACCCCAUCCCCCUUCUUCUGGUUUACCUCCUUGUCCUCGGCUUGGACAUAGCUUUUCUUUAUAUGGUAACAAAUGCUAUUUGUUUGGUGGCCUGGCAAAUGAAAGUGAAGAUUCCAACAAUAAUGUUCCCAGGUAUUUAAAUGAUUUCUAUGAGUUGGAGCUACAGCAUGGCUCUGGUGUUGUGGGUUGGAGCAUUCCAGUGACGAAAGGGAUUGUGCCUUCGCCGCGAGAAUCCCACACAGCUGUUAUAUAUUGCAAAAAAGAUUCUGGGAGUCCUAAAAUGUAUGUUUUUGGUGGAAUGUGUGGUUCUCGCCUGGAUGACCUAUGGCAACUUGACUUAGAAACUAUGUCAUGGUCAAAACCAGAAACUAAAGGGACAGUGCCACUUCCACGAAGCCUUCACACAGCCAGUGUUAUAGGAAACAAGAUGUAUAUUUUUGGUGGAUGGGUUCCUCAUAAGGGGGAAAAUAUUGAGACUUCACCGCAUGAUUGUGAAUGGAGAUGUACCAGUUCAUUUUCUUACCUAAAUCUGGAUACAGCAGAGUGGACCACCCUAGUAUCAGAUUCUCAGGAAGAUAAAAAAAAUUCAAGACCAAGACCGAGAGCUGGACACUGCGCUGUUGCAGUUGGCUCUCGAUUAUAUUUUUGGAGUGGAAGAGAUGGCUACAAAAAAGCACUGAACAGUCAAGUUUGCUGCAAGGAUCUUUGGUAUCUUGAUACUGAGAAACCACCAGCACCCUCACAAGUACAACUGAUCAAAGCCACUACCAACUCUUUUCAUGUCAAAUGGGAUGAAGUGCCUACAGUUGAGGGUUAUCUUUUGCAGUUGAAUACGGACUUGCCAUACCAAGCUGCAUCAUCGGAUUCUUCAGCAGCACCAAAUAUGCAAGGAGUCAGGAUGGACCCUCACAGACAAGGCAGUAAUAGCAUCGUUCCCAACAGUAUCAGUGAUACAAUGAACAGUGCAAAAACUGAACAUACAGCUAUGAAAGGAACUUCAGUGAAAAACAAACCAGAUCUCAAAGCAUCAACUGAUUCUAAUGCCAUUUUCCAUUCAUCUUUGGCAGCUAAUGCUUCUAAUCAUAAUAGUUGUGUGGUGGAUAUGCUAAGGAAAAAUGAAGGUCCUCACACUUCAGCAAAUAUAGGUGUACUAAGUAGUUGCCUGGACUUAAGAACAGUAAUCCCUGAAAGUUCUGUAUCCAGUACUGUUUCCAGCCCACAAACUAUGGUAACCGAGCAGACCAUUAAAACUGAAUCAUCCAGUACAAAUGGGGCAGUUGUUAACGAUGAAACUUCACUAACAACAUUCAGUACCAAAUCUGAAGUUGAUGAAACAUGUGCACUGCCUGCAACUAAGAUCAGCCGUGUAGAGGCGCAUCCUGCAGCAAUGCCAUUUUCUAAAGAGACUCCUUCAAAUCCAGUGGCCACAAUGAAAGCAGGAGAACGGCAGUGGUGUGAUGUAGGAAUUUUUAAAAAUAAUACAGCUUUGGUGAGCCAAUUUUAUUUGCUGCCAAAAGGGAAACAAAGCAUCUCAAAGAUAGGAAAUGCAGACGUCCCUGACUACAGUUUACUUAAGAAACAAGAUCUUGUUCCAGGCACAGGAUACAGAUUCAGGGUUGCUGCUAUCAAUGGUUGUGGAAUAGGCCCUUUCAGCAAAAUCAGUGAAUUUAAAACUUGUAUUCCUGGUUUUCCUGGAGCUCCUUCUGCAGUCAGAAUUUCAAAGAAUGUUGAGGGUAUCCAUCUUUCCUGGGAACCUCCCACUUCACCUUCUGGAAAUAUUUUGGAAUAUUCAGCCUACUUGGCAAUUCGCACAGCACAAAUACAAGAUAAUCCAAGUCAACUUGUAUUUAUGAGGAUUUAUUGUGGUCUUAAGACAUCAUGUAUAGUAACUGCUGGGCAGCUUGCAAAUGCACAUAUUGAUUAUACAUCCAGACCUGCCAUUGUGUUCAGGAUAUCAGCAAAGAACGAAAAGGGAUAUGGACCAGCUACACAAGUUCGAUGGCUUCAAGGUAUUGAUAAAUAUAACCUGCACGAACAACAGCAAUUUGAAGUCCUCAAUACUUUUUAAGGAUGUAAAGAGGUUCUAAGACCAAAAAUUUGAGAACCGCUGCUCCAAGAAGCAGGUUUUACUUGGUCAUGCUGAACUGUUUUCUAAAGCAUUUGUACCAAUUUCCACUCCGGAGUGUCAUUGUUCCACAUCUUAGCAAACACUUGGUCUUGACUGUCUUUUAUACUUGCCAAUUGGAUGGCUAUUAUAUGGUAUCUUACUGUGGGUUUAAUUUGCAUUUCUCUGAUUACUAAUGAAAUUGAGUGUUUUUUUCCAUAUAUAAAAGUGUUCCUCUUUUAUGAAAUACCUGUUCAUGUCUUUUGCCCAUUUUUCUAUUGGGUGUGUGUCUUUUUUCAUUGAUUCAUAUUUCUUUAUAUAUUCUGGAUACCAAUCCCUUGUCAUUUAAACAUGUUGCAUAUAUCUUCUCCCAGUUUGUGUAUUAUCGUUCGUAAUUGUAUUGAAUCUGUUGAUCGACUUGGAAAAAAUUAAUAUCUUUUCAAUAAUGAGUCUUCCUAGCCAAAAACAUUGUAUAUCUCUCCAUUUAUUUGGU